CCCAUUCAGCUCCAGCGCGUCGGAUCAGUUCUCUCUUAUACAAAUAUGCUGCUGGAUUAUGUCGCUGUCGCUCUGUACUUGGAUUCUCCUCCUGCUGCUGCUGCUGCUGUUGGCUGUGCCCGGGACCCCGCAAGUCACAGUGAUCGUUGAUGGAAAGGUUCAUGCCAAGUUGGGGUCGGACAUUAAGUUGUUCUGCAACGUGAAAACCCUGGAAUUGAUAUCCCAAGUCACUUGGCAGAGGAAGUUGUCGCCCAACAAUGAGAAUUUCCUAACUUACAGCAAAGGAGAGGAACCCCUGCACCUGAUUCCAUUUGGGGAGAGAGUGAGAUUUCUGGGCAAUGGGGAUCUUGGAGGCUCCAUACUGAUACCCAAUGUAACCCUGACUGAUGAGGGCACCUACCUCUGUAUCUACACAACAUUUCCUAGUGGGACAAAUGAAGGGGAGAUUAAAUUAUCCAUAUGGGUGGAGCCGUCAGUGGAAGUGCAGCUAAACCCAGUGCUGUCGGGACCAAAUCCGGCUGUUAUUGCUGAAUGUGUAGCCUUUGCCUCCAAACCCGCGGCUAAUAUCAGCUGGAAUACAUAUGGUCUCCUCUACACGUCAAAGGAAAUUCCAACACAACAUCCUAAUGGGACAGUGACAAUAAGGAGUCAGCUAUGGAUGGUGCCUUCUCCUGGACUUAAUGGGCAUCAGGCAACUUGUCUGGUUUCUCAGCUGGACCAAAAUUUUGAGAAAUAUGUAAAUUUCAUCAUUACAAACAUUCACUAUGCGCCUCAGUCUGUGCAUAUCAAAGUACACCGAGAAGAGAGAGACCCUCUGUAUAUUGAAUGUUUAGCAGAUGGCAACCCUCCCGUUACAUAUACAUGGAGGAGGGAGAAUGGAUCCAUUCCUGAUGAUGUGGCCCAGGCAACAGGGAACACUCUGCAUUUUUCCAGAGGGAAUACAGAUUAUAAUGGCCUGUAUGUCUGUGAGGCCACAAACAGUAUUGGGAGAAUCUCACACUCAGUCUAUUUAUAUAAAUACUCAGGUGCUGCUCCCAGAGGAAAUGAAGGCGCAUAUAUUGCAGCAAUCGUUGUCCAAAGUGUAAUAAUUAUUGGAAUGGCUGUGUACUGCUACUUGAUGAAGAGCAACCAGAUGGAAAGAAUAUGUAAGAGGAAAGGUAAAACACCCCGUGUGAAUCAGAAUCAGGAUGAAACUGAAAGUGUUGGACUUCAACAGUGCACCUGACUGGGUCCGAAUCUUCUGAACCUUGGGUCUUCAGUUUAUGUCCUAUAACUAACUGCGGCUCCAACACUCAUCAUUUCAACAAAUGCCUUACCUGACCAAUGAAGCUUCUCAGAGAGGAUUCCUCUACACCCGUCUCCCAACUCAAAAAAUACCUGAAGGUGGAAUGAUUAGGAGUGAGACAGAAGUGGGAGAGAUGUUUCUAGGCACAGGCCCAGUUCAGGUUUAGCAGCAUUCGGGCACUGACUGGCAACCAGGGACAUAUGAAUAAGGACAGAAGCUGAAGACUUGUCUGUAUAUUGGCAGAGCAAAGAGAAUGGGCAGCCUGAGAGCAGUCAGCAAAAAGGUCAAAACUGGCAUCAGAACACAAUGACUGGACAAAAGGCAGGCCAAUAUGAUAUGUCUCCAAGGUGCAGUAAAUGUUAAAGGAACAUCUAAAAGAUGUUAAUUUAUAAUGUACUGUUGUCCUGCACUGGUAAUAAAAAAUUGUUGUUUUCAGAAAGACUACUAUAGUUUAUAUAAACAA